UAAGUCAACGGCACUUGUGCAUCUACGUAACACAGGAUUUUUACUAGCAAAUAAACACUUGUUAUUAAUGAUUAUUUACGAAGAGCUAUAAUUUAUAUGAAGGAUCGCGAGAGUAAGAUGGGAAAAAGUUGUGCUCAUGUUUCUGCUUCAUGUAUUUAAAUACAAAACUAAACACAGAUUUUAAAAUCAUCAAGAGCUAAACCUGUACUGAUUGUGUUUUGUUUGUUGCUGUUUUUAACGCGGAUAGUAUAAGUAUAUUAAGGUAUCGUUGAUGCUGGUUUUAAAUGCUUCAUGGUCAAAAACUGCUCUUUACCCUAUAUAGUAAAGAAAACGUGCUGCUUUUUUCACCACACUGUGGAAAAAAUAAAUAAUAUUUUUAUGUUAUAAAUUUACGGCGGUAUGUUUCAAUUCUUCGGCAGAAUUAACAGCGUUGUAAACUAUAGAUUGUCUUAAUAGCAUUUUCAUUUCUUGUCAUGUGAACAUUUGUACCAGAACUCAAACCUUAAUUUCCUUAGAGAACUUUGAACUUCUGAGUUUGUGUAUUGCUAGUGCGGACGACGUUGUCAUGAAAAUGAAACACAACUCAAACGAAAUUGUGUUGGAUGCUUCGGCGCUUGGGAACUUCAAACCAUUGAAUCAUGCGGUUCAGAGUCCUGGGCCUGAAUCCAGGCGUGUAUCGACCAAUGAGCUAAGACCGGAAGACAACAACAAUAUGGCCGACAAACAGAAAUUUGGCUAUGAACAAACACUGAACGUUGCGGCUGAAUACGAAGCAGUAUCAACCAAUAAGCUGACACGAGACGCACUAAUGUACCACAACCAAAAGUUCGGCUACGCGGAAACAUUGAUAUAUGGGCAAUACAGAAAAGACCUGGGCAGUGUUGGUAAAUUCCAAGCGAAGCUAUUAAAAUCUGAAGAUAAAAGUGACAUCGACAAGAGUGAACCCACGGAGACAAAGAGACUUGUAUCAUGUUGGUAUCGGGUGGUACGUACCUGGCACUGGGUAGUGAAGAAGGUUGGGGAGGACUGGAUAUUAUUGGCACUGCUUGGGAUCAUCAUGGCCCUUCUCAGCUUUGCCAUGGACUACGUCAUAGAGAAGUUGCAGGAGGCAAAGAUGCUGCUGUAUGAGGAGUUUUCAUUCUCAGUGCCUCUGCAGUACGUGGGCUGGGUCUUGUACUCCCUACUGCUCAUCAUGUUUGCCACUGGCUUCACACACCUCAUGUCUCCACAAGCUAUUGGUUCUGGCAUUCCAGAAAUGAAGACAAUAUUGCGAGGCGUUGUGCUCAAGGAAUUUCUCACGUUUAGGACUCUUGUCUCGAAAGUUGUGGGCCUUUGUUGUUCGCUUGGGAGCACGCUUCCUUUAGGAAAAGAAGGACCGUUUGUACAUGUCGCUAGCAUUGUCGCCAAUCUGCUUGGAAAGUUGACUUCAUUUAAAGCUGUUUAUGAGAAUGAGUCUCGCAGGACGGAGAUGCUGGCAGCUGCAUGUGCUGUAGGUGUGGCUUGCACAUUUGUCGCACCCAUUGGAGGAGUAUUAUUUAGUAUUGAAGUAACAGCGACAUAUUUUGCUGUUCGUAACUAUUGGAGAGGGUUUUUCGGAGCUGUUUGUGGGGCCGUUGUCUUCCGGUUGCUAGCUUUCGGGUUUAAAAAUACAGAAACGUUAACUGCUAUGUUUCAAACAUCAUUAAAAACAGACUUCCCAUUCGACCCUGUGGAGUUAUUAGCAUUUUCAUUUGUUGGUAUAGCUUGUGGCUUUAUUGGGGCAUUGUUCAUAUUGUGCCACAGGAAAAUCGUACUGUUUACAAGGAAACAUAAACAAAUGUCGGCAUUUUUGCAGAAAAACCGCUUUAUCUACCCAGGGAUCAUCACUCUUGUUGUCGUGUCCUGUACAUUCCCUCCAGGCCUUGGCCAGUUCUUUGCUUCUAUGCUUACCCACAAAAAGGCUUUAAAUGAGUUGUUCAGCAACAUUACGUGGACAGAGAACCAGCCAAACAGUCUAAAGGACGAGACCGUGCUAGGCCACUGGAACCACCCUUCCACCAACAUCUACGUCACCUUGGUCUUGUUCAUCAUCAAUAAUUUUUGGAUGGCUGCUAUUUGCAAUACCUUACCCAUCCCUGCUGGGGUAUUUGUGCCUGUAUUUACUAUAGGUGCUGCUUUCGGGCGCUUGGUGGGUGAGUGCAUGGCAGCUUGGUUUCCAAAUGGGGUUAAAACAGGGGACACUAUACAGAAGAUAAUACCUGGAGGCUAUGCAGUCGUCGGUGCUGCCGCAUUGUCUGGUAGUGUCACUCGUACCAUAUCUACAGCUGUGAUAGUGUUUGAGGUUACUGGGCAGAUCUCUCACGUGCUGCCUGCUGUCAUUGCAGUGUUGCUUUCGAAUGCAGUGGCCAACUUCUUCCAGCCAUCUUUUUUUGACAGUAUUAUUAACUUGAAACGAUUGCCGUACUUGCCAGAUAUUGCGUCAGCAGGCUCGUGGAGUGUGUACGUGGAAGACAUAAUGGUGUCCCAGGUCAGCUGUAUCUACUUCGUUUCCACUUUCAAGGAGCUAAAAGAGAUGCUGGAGACAUCCAAACACCGCACCUACCCUUUAGUGGACUCUCCAGAUUCAAUGAUCCUGCUUGGAUCGGUGAAGAGGUUUGAACUGGAGCGGUUGCUCUGGGUACACCUCAGUCAGGAUCAGAAGGUGUUCCUGCUAGACAAUGAAGACGAGGAGAUGAAUUCCAUCCGCUCCACGCCUGGCUCUUUCAGGACACGCACACCACCCCCUAGGAUGGAGAUUAUUCCCCAAACCCGGGAGGAGGUACCGAAGCCUCGCUUCAGCGUCACGAAAGUGGAAGAAAAUGUAUCCACCCCAAGAACCCGCAAAAGUUCAGUGUUUGCAAUGGCGCAAGAGCCCAUUUCAUCGUCAGUGAGUAAUUCGACAGAGAACCUGACGCAUUCAGAGCUGCAGAGUCGCCAAUACAACACUAUGAGUUUGCCUCUCAGGUCAAUCCUCAAAAACAAGAGAAGGAAAUCCGUAACAAAAGCCUCAGCCUUUUCUGAUUUACGCACUGGGCUUGAUGAACAUUUCCGCAGGUUGUCCAAAACUCACACA